GGCGCAACACUGUUAAGGCUGUCAGAUUGGCGUGCCUAGCACUGUAGAGAGAGAAACUAAGCCCAAACCACCUGGCCACUUUUAAGUCAGAGCUGAAAUAAAGGAAAAAAAAUUUGGAAAUUGAGAAUUUGAAAUAGCAUAUGAUAGUGAUAUAUGUAUGGUGUUAUAUAUAUAUAUAUAUAUACACACACACACACACAGUAUAAUGUAAAUAUUAGAUUCUGGGUAUUAAAGUUUGUUUGGGUGGAGAGAAAGGAGAUGGGAAAGGUAGGGGUGGUGGGGGCGGUGGUGCUGAUUCUAAAGAGAUGAGAUUGGGAACAUUCUGACUUGGCUUUUUGUGUAAACAUGGUGUUGCUGGGGUGGCUGUCAAAGAUGAGCGACAACUCAUCUUUUUGAUGGUUGGUUUUUUGUGUUUUUGUUGGGUGGUUUUUGUGAUAGCCUCAUAACUAUGAAAGUGGUGGUGGGGUCUCUUGGGUUUUGUCCCUUAGAUAAUAUACAAUACUACUGCUCAUGCCCUAGCCUGCGUGUGUUGUUGUGUAUUGUGCUGUGCAUACAUUCUUCGUACCCAGCAAAAUGUGGAGCUUCUCAUUCACUCAUAUGAAUGUUUAACACAAGCACUUAGCCGGGUUUGCUAUCAUCUUCUCUGGGUUUUGAUUCACAGUUCCAAUAGCCAUUUUGAAGUUGGAAUUGGGGAUCUUGGAGGUGAAACAUAUCUAUCAUUGCCAAAAUGAAGUUCAUGAAACUUGGAUCAAAGCCUGACUCAUUUCAGACUGAUGGGGACAAUAUUAGGUAUGUCGCAACUGAGUUGGCAACUGACAUAGUUGUUAAUGUUGGAGAGGUGAAAUUUUAUCUGCAUAAGUUUCCCCUUUUAUCAAAGAGUGCCCGCUUGCAGAAGUUGGUUGGAAUAACAAAUGAGGAAAAUAACGAUGAAAUCUGCAUCCAUGAUAUUCCUGGUGGACCUGCAGCCUUUGACAUAUGUGCAAAAUUCUGUUAUGGUAUGAUAGUGACUCUCAAUGCAUACAACGUGGUCGCUGCUCGCUGUGCGGCAGAGUAUUUGGAGAUGUAUGAAACAGUUGAUAAAGGAAACCUUAUUUACAAGGUUGAAGUUUUCCUCAAUUCCAGCAUCUUCCGAAGUUGGAAAGACUCAAUCAUUGUUCUCCAAACCACAAAGUCUCUUCUUCCAUGGUCUGAGGAACUGAAGGUGGUCAGCCACUCCCUGGACUCUAUAGCUUCCAAAGCUUCCAUUGAUACUUCAAAGGUGGAGUGGUCCUACACCUAUAACCGUAAAAAACUCCCUUCUGAGAAUGGAAAUGACCCACUCUGGAAUGGUGUGAGAAGACAGCAGAUGGUUCCAAAGGACUGGUGGGUCGAGGACCUGUGUGACCUUCAAAUUGAUUUGUACAAGCGGGUCAUAACAACAAUUAAAACAAAGGGAAAAAUGUCUAGUGAUGUAAUUGGAGAAGCCUUGAAUUCAUAUGCCCUGAAAAGACUUCCAGGGUUGAGCAAGGGUAUGAUACAAGGUGGUGACAUCAUAAAGAACCAGUCAAUGGUAGAGACCAUUAUUUGGCUGCUGCCCACAGAGAAAAGUAGUGUACCUUGUAGUUUCCUGCUCAAAUUGUUACAGGCAGCUAUCGUAUUAGAAUGUGGGGAAAUGGGAAGAAGGGAGCUGCUGAGGAGAAUCGGUCAGCAGUUAGAGGAGGCCACGGUGCCUGAGCUUUUGAUUCGAGCUCCAGCUGGGGAAACAACAAUUUACGAUAUUGAUAUCGUGAAAAACCUAGUUGAGGAGUUUGUAAAGCAGGAACAGAGUGCUCAGAUUGAUUGUCCUAUGGAAAAUGAAUUCCAAGAAAUUAGAAGCCCUGGGCUUGUUUCAGAUGCUUCCAAGGUGAAGGUGGCUAAGCUGGUUGAUGGCUUUCUUGCUGAAAUUGGAAGGGAUCCCAAUCUUCCUCUCUCAAAAUUUAUAGAUCUUGCAGAAAUAGUCUCGGGCUUCUUUAGGCCAUCCCAUGAUGGACUAUACCGUGCCAUUGACAUGUAUCUGAAGGAACAUUCUGGAAUCAGCAAGAGUGAGAGAAAGAGAAUUUGUAAGCUGAUGGACUGUAAGAAGCUGUCGGUGGAAGCAUGCAUGCAUGCAGUGCAAAAUGAGCGGCUGCCCUUGAGGGUAGUUGUACAGGUUCUCUUCUUUGAGCAGGUCAGGGCCACAACAUCAUCUGGUGGUGGCAACACACCUGACUUGCCUGGUUCCAUCAAGGCUUUACUCCCAGGUGGGUCCCACGGGAGCUCAAGAUCUGCUACAACCAACACCGAAGAAGACUGGGAUGGUGUGCCAACAGCAGAGGAGCUUAAAGCUCUGAAAGGGGAACUUGCUACUCUUAGGUUGCAGGCAGAAGAGGGAGGUGGUGGUGACUGUAAAGGUGACAAUGGCACUAAAAUGAAUGCUGAAAAAUUGGCUGCCAACAAAGUGAAAGGGUUGCUCAUGUCGAAGAAGAUAUUUUCAAAGCUUUGGUCAAGCAAAGAGAGACAAAGUGAGAACAGCAGCUCAGAUACAUCAGAAAGCCGUGGCUCUACCAAUGCAGAUGAAACAAAGUCCACCCCUUCCAGAAGUAGGAGGCAAUCAGUAUCUUGAGAACAAAGCAAUUCGCAAAGAGGACUGGGAGUUGGUCGGUCUCUUUGUAUUGUAUCAUCAGUUAGACAUUAGGAUGGUAGAAGUCACUGAUAUCUUCCUGCUAACUUUUGUGAUCAAAAGGAGAAAUUUUCCGCGAGAUCUUUGAGUAGUUGAAAGCAUCAAAGCAUGCAUGGGUAAUUUGCAAAGAACGAGCGAUCCCGGGUAUAGCUCUUUGAUCUUUUGGUUGAAAAUGUUUAGAGUAGUAGAAAGCAUCAAAGCAGGCAUGGGUUUGCAAAGAAGAGUCAGCUUGGCCCCUUGGGUAUAUAGAUAUAUCCUUGAUCUUUUGGUUGAAAGUUUUCAUUAUCAUUAUGUGGUUGAAAUUAAGGUUCUUUGACUUUUUCUUUUUGUGUGUUUCUGUUCUAGAUAUGGGCUUUUGAUAUUUGAGCAUUUGACCCAGUUUUGAUGUAUCAUAAGUGGAAUAGAAAUGUCAAGUCUUUAGUGCUUGGGAUUCCUA